AUGGGAAAGGUGACGUUCUCGAAGCGUGCCUCCAGGAUUUCCAGUGUCACCUUCAAUGCUACUUUCACCAACACCGGAUCCACUCCGUGGUCUUCGGCAGUCCUUCAGGCAGUGCAUGGGUCGGACAUGGGAGUGUCGAGCCUCCCACUUGCAGCUGUGGUCGAGCCUGGUGCUGACUACAAGGUCUCUGUGCGACUCAGGCUUCCGCAGGCUGACGAGGAUGCCAUUCCGACAUCAAUGUGGGCCUUGAGCAUGGGCGACCGAGUUUUUGGUCCGCUGCUUUUGCUCGAGCUGGAACAGCAGGAAGAUGUCUCUCUUGACUCGCUCCUGCAGCAGGCCCAACAAACAGUUGAAGGGCAGCAUGAAAUUUCAGCUCGCGUGCACGAAGCACCAAAGCUGUUCUUGGAGGAUGAGGUGUUCAGAGAAGACCCAGUCAAAGUGAGAGAUGUUUCAGAGGAUUGGGCCAAUGAUCUUGCGAACUUUGGUAUGGCGCAGGCGUACCAGAUUGGCAGCAUUGCGGUUUCCAAGUCUUUGCCAGCUAGGAUGGCCUCGUUUGACCUCCUCGUGCAUUUGACGAACACGGGGCGCCAAGAUUGGCCAGAGAAAACUGCUCUGCGACUGGUUAGUGGGAGAUCGCUCGGCUGUGAAGUUCUGCCAAUCACAGAAAAGGUCAGCCCAGGGGCCUCAGCUAAUGUGCACAUGAAGCUGCAGGUUCCCACGCAGGACGACCCCGCAGAGACCGUGCAGGACAGUGUGUGGGCGCUGGCCGAUGACAAUCAGUUCUUCGGGCCGUUGCUCAUCCUAGAGCUUCGUCAUGUUUCAUGA